AUGCUGGCGGCGGCAGCAGUUCUUGUGGCACUGGUCGGUUGCGGCGAUAUCCCAUCCCUCAACUCCGAAUCCGUAGCGAAGCCCGAAACUCCGGCGACCAGCGGUCCGGCGGAUGUAUCGCCGCAGUCCCAACUCCAACCAGGAGCAGCAUCCAGCGUGAGCGUUGACCGAAUCGCCUACAUCGGCCCCUACGGUGAUCUUUUCACGGUCAACCCCGACGGCAGCGGUGAGCGGCGGCUUACCGGAGUAAGGCAGGUGCGGUCGCGCUCGUCAGACCCGGCCGGGCCCGCCAGUCCUUCGGACACGGCUGCUUUCUACACGGUGCAGGACCUGGACUUCAGCGAGUCCUAUGCCUGGCCCACCUGGUCUCCCGACGGCACACGGCUGGCCGUUUCCCGGGUGCAGAUUACCCCCAACCGGUCGCUGGAAGUGUCGGUUCAGGUGAUAGACGCGGUCACCGGGGUGACCCGGACCGUAUAUGAAAACGAUGUGCCGGCCCUGGUUGCCGAUGGUACCCCCCAUUACCUCUACUGGUCGCCCAACAGCGAAUACCUUUCCUUCCUGGCUACCACGCGCCAGGGUAUGACCCUGUUUGCGGUUAACCCCCAGACUACGGAGGGGGCGAUGGCGCUGGAAAGGGGUGCUCCCCUGUAUUUCAGCUGGGGCGGCAAUGGUGAUUCGCUGCUGGUACAUUCGCGGGACGAGGUAAAACUUCUGCAGCGGCCAUUCGAGCCCAGCCGUGCCCUGCUGUUGGCGAACGCCGCCGGAUUCCGGGCCCCUGCCCUGUCUCCGGAUGGGCGAAAGUGGGCUUACUCGGGCGGAGACGCUUCGGACAGCUAUAUCAGCGUGGGCGAAAGCGACGAUCCGGCGGUGCCCAGGCGGAUACUGGACACUGGCGCCCUCGUAGCCUUCAUGUGGUCGCCCGAUGGCCGCACCCUGGCCGUGGCUGAUAACCCGGACCCCCAGGGUCGCAUCUUCCAGCGCAUCCGGUUGGUGAAUGCUGACGGCAGCAAUCUUCGUACCCUGGCCGAGGAACCCCUGAUAGCCUUCUAUUGGGCUCCCAAUAGCGAGCGCCUGGCCUGGGUGGGUGUCGAUGCCGAAGAGCAGGUGUUUGAGUUGAAGGUGAACCUCGUGGCAGAGGGCAGCGGCCAGGAAGGCAGCAGGGAGGUAGGUGAGGCCAGUGAACUUUUCCGCUUCCGUCCCAGCGGCGAAGUCUUCACCAUGCUCAGUUUCUUCGACCAGUACGCCUAUUCCCACUCCCCCUGGUCACCGGACAGUUCGCAGUUGGUUAUGGCCGGUUCAGAAGGUCCGGUGGCAGAGCGGCGCAACGGCCACACUCCGUCCGGUUCCCGCAUCUACGUGCUGGACGCAGUGGGCGACACUCCCCCCAACGAAAUCGCCCAGGGCGGCGUGGCCUUCUGGUCGUGGAAUUAG